AUGUCGUCGCCGUAUGCAUUCAAACCCGGAGGGGCGUUGAAAUUGAAAGGCGAUGAUAAGAAAAAAAAGAAAAAGUCGAGCACCUCGGCGGCGGUGCGUGCGGAAGGCGGUGAGCCCUCCAAGGGCAAGGACACGUCGUCGGUGAAGCCCGCCUCGCAGAUGCCUGCGCCUGCGCGUACGGCAACCAAGGCAGAGCAAAAAUUCGAAGAAGUGCGUCUGAAGCGGCUCCAUGACCAAGUACGCAAAGAGGCGCGCAAGUCGCACAAAGAAAAGGUUGACUCGUUCAACGCGUACCUCGAGACGCUGACCGACAUCAAUGAUCUCCCCAAGAUCGGUCCUGGCUAA